AUGCCUUGGUGCUGCUAUUUUAGCCCAGGUCACCUAUUGACCUGACAGGCAAGUGUAAGGGGAGAGCGCACAUGUCAGCUGCAGGUGGAAACCCUCAGCAGGGAGCGAUAGCUGUGGCACUGGUUGGCACAGUUGGAGCCCAGGAUAACACAGCAGUGAGGGACUGCAGAUGUAGCUGGUGUCUGAGGAGGUUACCUGAGGUUUCAUGAGGUUGUGUGUGACGCAGUUAAGCAGUUAACUUGGGCAGCAGUCUGGAGGUUUCCCAACCCUCUGAAGAUGUACGGCCUGUAUUUGGAAGCAGUGAACGAUUACAUUAACGAAUCCUACGGAGAGGAUGUGUGGAGACUGAUCGAGAACCGAGCGGAGAUACCCCACCUCAAGUUUGUCAGACAUCAGAUGUACAAUGACAACCUAAUCCUUCGGUUGGCAAAGGCAGCAGGUGAGGUUCUGGGAAAAACCCACGAUGAGCUGAUGUAUGCCUUUGGGGUUUAUAUGGUGAAGAGGAUUGGAAACUACGGAUAUGAGCGGAUCCUGAAGGUGUUGGGGCGAAAUGUGCGAGACUUCAUCAACGAGCUGGACAAUCUGCAUGAGUACUUUCGCUUCUCCUUCCCUAAGGUGCAGCCGCCGAGUUUCUGUGUGGAGGAGGAGUGCGAAACGAGCCUCACGCUGCACUACCGCAGCACCCGCAAGGGCUUCACCCAGUUUGUCAAAGGGCAGCUCUCUCAAGUGGGACGACAAUUCUACAACACAGAUAUCGAAGUGGAAAUCCUAUCUAAAGAAGAGACAGAAAAAAUGACAUAUGUGGUUUAUAAGAUGAACUUUGACAAUGCAGCCUUCAAGCACCGCAUGCCCCAGCAGAAGACAGCACCGAGCUACGAGAAGCUGCCAAUGAAGCGAGGUAUCUUUUUUGACAUGUUCCCCUUCAGUGUCAUCUUCCGCCGCGACAUGACCAUGUACCGCAUUGGCGACGGCCUCAAGGAGGUCUUCUCUGACCUCCAGGGCAAGAAGGUCAAUGAAGAGUUCACUCUGGUCAGACCCAUGCUGGAGUUCAGCUGGGAUAAUAUCUACACCCAUUUGAACAAUGUGUUUGAGCUGUUGUCCAAAGCAGUGGUGGAGAGCAAGCAGAAGGUCAACAUCCCCAAACUCAGCAAAGAAGAGCCAGAAGAAAAGGAAGAGAGCGAGAAAGCAAAGAGGGAAGAAGAAAGAGAGCCAAAGGCAGUGGAAGAGAUGAAGGGCACGGACCAAGAAUACAGCAGCGCUCUCACCCAAUACAACAGCUCUGCCAAUUCUGGAGGGGAGGAUAUUGAACUGCUGGCGUUCCAGACUGUCACCGGGAAGUGCAGUGAGACAAUCUUUGAGGAUAUGCGGGAGCCUCCUAAGAAGCCUCUCCAUCUGAAGGGCCAGAUGAAGUAUGUCCCCCAGUGGGACUCUCUCAUCUUCCUGGGGACACCAAUUAUAGAGACAGUGGAGGACAUGAUAAAGAUGGGUGUAUACGUGAAUGAUCUGAACCUGCAUGACUCCAGCAGAGAGCUGAUUUUGGCUGGGACACAGCAAUCGGCUGAGCUCCAGCUGGCCCUCGAUCAGGAGCAACAAAAAUAUGCCCAGCUGCAGGAAAUCAUCAAGAAGCUGGACGAAGAGAAGAAGAGAGGAGAUUCGUUGCUGUAUGCCAUGAUCCCUAAAGCUGUGGCCGACCGCCUCAGGAAGGGGAUCACUGCACUGGAGACAUGCCAGGUCUUCCCAGAUGUGACCAUCCUGUUUAGCGACGUGGUCAAGUUUAAUGAGAUCUGCAUCCACAUUACACCCAUGCAGGUGGUGGACAUGCUCAAUGAGAUCUACAUUGUCUUUGACACACUCAGUGAGAAGCACAACGUCUACAAAGUGGAGACGAUCCGUGAUGCCUACAUGGUGGUGGCGGGCGUGCCCAACAAGACCACCUUUCACGCGCACCACAUCUGUGACAUGGCUCUGGAUAUGCUGAGCUCCAUCGACCACCUUAAAGACCCCUCCACUGGGGAUAACAUCCAGAUCAGAGUCGGUAUUCACUCAGGUAUGGUGGUGGCUGGCGUCGUAGGUCUGAAAAUGCCUCGCUACUGUCUGUUUGGCGACACUGUGAACACAGCCUCAAGGAUGGAGAGCAAUGGAGUGGGCAUGCAGAUACACAUCAGUCAGACCACCAAAGACCAUCUGGAACAUGAGCCCUACAUCAUUGAGGAAAGGGGCAAAAUCUUUGUAAAGGGUAAAGGCUACAUGAAAACCUACUGGCUGAAAGGAAAGAAAGAUCUAUCGUUCAAGACCCCGGCAGAGCUGCGCUACAGCAGUGAGCAGAAAGACUCUGAGGACAAGAGCUCUAAUGGUUCCACAAGCACCGAUGCGAAGCGCAUGGCCUCCAACCUCCACAUCACCGGCAGCGAUGAGCAAGCGGAAGGGAAGCCAAGCCCCAGCGACCUCCCCCUGGACACCCUGCCCCCACCAGAGGCCACUAACGAGCCCCCCGCUAUUUCAACCGAGCCUCAGGAGAAGGAGAAAGCCAAAAAGACUAAGAACAACAAGGGGGCCAAGUUGGAUGUGCCCCCAGGAGACACAAUGCCGGAGUACUCGCCGCCCGCUGAUGGGCUGGAGAACCCAGGUCCUUUACUCAACAGCAAGAGAAACAGCUUCAGGCAGCAGUACGCUAAGCUGCCCGCCAAUCUGCCCAUACGCAGCGCUUCCUGCUCCAUUCUGUGAGAGCAAGGUCAGAGUGUAGGAAUACAAGACAACGCUGACAUGUGACAAGGCUGUGAAGUUUAAUCGGGGGCAAGACAGAGCAGGCAUUUCAACGUUUUCAUCAUUUAUGGUCACAGACGACCUGCAUUUUGAAUGCCACUGCAUGUCAAGGGGUUGUGACAGAUGUAGGAUUUUGUGACCUUUUGAGUAAAAUAAGUUUUCUGGCAACUUAAACUAAAGACCAACACACAGAAAACCUGCA